CAGAUUUUUGAUUCAGGAAAGAGAUAAAAAAGGCAUGGGACAAUGUUGGGCCAUUACCAAAAACUCCACCAUAACGUUCUCAAUUUUAUAUUUGGAAGCAUUCAAGAAAUUCCAAAAUUCUAAUAAUUCCCAAUUCCAAUAACUUUUUUGCAUUGCCAACACUUUUAAAGGAUGCUCUAUCCCUCCUCCCCCUUCACAAAGCCCAGCUUCCCCAACCAUAAGAACCUGAGGAGACACAGAGAGAGAGAGAAACACACAAACACACAGAUGGCUGUAAACCUUUCUUCAAGUGACCAUGUAGAUGAGGACUACAUAGACAUGGAAAUUAGUUCAUACUCCCAAUUCUACUGUCAGUCCAUGAGUUCCCCUCCACACCCUCGAGAAUUCGAGUUCCAAAUGUUCUCAAGCUCUUCAGAGAGAGAAACCACAACUUCUCCAGCUGAUGAGCUUUUCUACAAAGGAAAGCUCCUUCCUCUACACCUCCCACCCCGUUUACAAAUGGUCGAAAAACUCCUACAGGCUUCCACCUCUUAUGACCACAAAAAAGAUGACUUUGAGGAAUUUUUCAGUACUCCAUUAACCACAACUACCACCAACACACCUACAAACAAUACCCCAUUUGAAUCCUGCAAUAUCUCACCUUCUGAAUCCUGCCAGGUUAGCAGAGAACUGAAUCCAUAUGAGUAUUUAUUCGAGUAUUCAACUGAAGCAAGUGGUUUCAUUGGUGACAACCCGAAAAAGUCUUGGACCAGAAAGCUUAAGCUGAUCAAGAAGUCUUCGCUUGGUUCAAAGCUUAAGGCUUCCGGAGCUUAUUUUAAGUCCUUUUUCAGUAAAUCUGGUUGCUCAGACGAGUCCUGCACAUCAGCUGCGAGAAAUUUAGACGAAGAAUCAGUCUUAAAUACCAAGGAGUUUCUAAACAAGGAUAUGAAUAUGACAAAGAAGGCUCCAUUUGGGCAAAUUCAGAAAGACACAUACCAAAUGCCAAUUACUGUCACAAGGAGCUUCAACAAAGAGCAGAUUGCUGCAGAUGGCAGGGGUCGCCAUAGGAGGUCGUUCUCUGGGGCAAUCAAACGGCUUUCAACAGUCAAGUCUUCGUCGUCUUCAUCUUCAUCUGGAUCUUCUUCAUCUUCAAGCUCGAGUAAUUCAAAUGAGUUUCAUGAGUUGCAGUUUUUCAAGAGAAGCGGCAGUGUGAAGUCAGAUAUCGAAAAUUCAAUUCAGGGAGCGAUUGCUCAUUGCAAAAGGUCUCAGCAGCAGCCACACUUGAGAAAGACAGCAAGUGAAGUCGGGUUUUACUCAUUGUCAGCUUCGAAAAUAGUCUGCGAGGAUCAAGAAAGACCGGGACUUUGCAGGGGUUGAAGAACAAAUUUUGAUUGGUUUAUAAUGCGCUCCUUCUUCAAUUUCAUGAUUUUAUGAACUGGUCAUCAUUUCAGUGCAAUAUUAAGAGUUUUGUACGGCUGUUGUGUAUUGUUAAAACACACCAUCUUGUGGAAGUUUGUGAAAAUACUGAUAGAAGUUUCCAUUUCUUAAACAAAAUUAGUAGCAAGUACAACAUGAAAGUUAUUCUCAAAAUAAAUUUCAAAGUACAAUUCAGGAAGAACUCUACAAUUUCUGUUGAUUAAUGAUUUUUAUGUUUUGUCUACCUAAUGGUCAGUAGUUGUUUCCAAUUUCCUGAUGACAGAAAAGAAUAGUGUCAUUUAUUCAGAAAGCUACUUUGGGUAUU